CGCUUUACUUUUAUCAAGUAUUGCAGUAUUUGGAAUAUUUGGAAAUGGAUUAUCAAUGCUAAUUUUAUCAAGACCUCAAAUGAGAUCAAGUAUUUCAGCAGUUUUGUUUGGUUUAGCUGCUUGUGAUACUUUGUUAAUUUUUACAUCGAUUCUGUUGUUCAGUCUCCCAACAAUAUAUCCAUAUACAGGCCAACUUUACAAUUAUUACAAUAUAUGGUAUCCAAAAUUAACACUAUUUGUCUUCCCAUUAGCUAUGGUGGCUCAAACAGCUAGUACUUAUCUUACGAUAACAGUAAGCUUUGAAAGAUUUUUAGUUGUUUAUUUUCCAUUACAAUCGAGGCGGUGGCUAAAUUAUGAAAGAGCACGCAUUUAUGUUAUUCUCAUUUUACUUUUUUCCUUCAUCUACAAUAUUCCUCGCUUUUUUGAGCCGAUGUUGAUUGAAGAUCAGAAUCCAAUUUUUGGAAAUAUAUAUUGUAUUGCAGGCACGGCUUUACGUAAUAAUGUUAUAUACAUUAAUUUUUACAUACAUUGGAUGUAUUUAAUUUUUAUUUCCGUUAUUCCAUUUACAACACUAUCUUUUUUCAAUAUUAUGAUCUACAGACAAAUACGAAAAGCAAAUAAAGAAAGAUUGCGAAUUAGUAGAAGUGAAAAACGUGAAAUAAGUUUAGCCAUGAUGCUUAUAUGUGUAGUUAUAGUUUUUUUGGUGUGCAAUAUUCUGGCACUGGUUCUAAAUAUGAUUGAAGCUUUCUAUAAUAUUACGUUGGAUAAUGUUAAUCAAAUUUCAAAUCUGUUGGUUACAAUAAACUCCAGUGUAAAUUUCAUUAUUUAUGUAAUAUUUGGAGAUAAAUUUAAACGUAUUUUUUUCGGCAUGUUAUGCAAAAAAAGAAUUGCUCGAAAAGAAGAAGCUCUACGUGACGACAGCACAUACUCAGGAGAUAAUAGUCAACGAACUUCAGGCAGAUAUCAAAGGUCUUCCUUUAUUCGCAGUUAUAAGUCUCAAAGCCGUCCAAGUCCUCUACAAGGGUCACAUAAUAAACAUUAUACCACUCAAAGUUCUUUAGAACAUGGUGUACCAUUAUCAACGGGCAAAACUAUUACCCACUCUUAUGGUUUAGGUUGCAGUUGAUGCGUCUAUUUGAAAAUAUUGAAUAAGAGUUGAAUAUAUACCUAAUAAUAUUUAUAAUUUCACAUAAAAUAUUUUUUUGAUAAAGUAGGAUACUCAAUAUGUUUUGACAAAUAUCAAGAGAAAAAUAAAAUUGUAAGUCUUACCUCACAUUGAA